UUUUACUGUUCACGGUUUACAUCCAACGGACCAAGUCAGUCCAAAAACACCUAGCUUAAAAUCGUUUUUCUGUCCAACCCCGUUGCGGUUGCUGACGUCACCGGCGGUCACAAUGCACGGCCAUCCUUGUACUCACAGUCACAGUACCACUUCUCCCACUUGUCCCCUUCACUCCGAAUUCGAUUCUCUCUCUCUCUCUCUGUUGUACCACCUUAACCUAUACCUACGGCGCACGUUAGCCCCGUAGUGCCCACCCCCUACCAACAAAACAAAAUUACCACCACCAACGCCCGACAGCUACAUAAUCAUCAUCAACAAAAGCAUGGAACCUCGUGGGUCCCAAACCAACCGGCGAGCUCACGCGUCUCCCGGCGGAGGGCGCGAAGACUGUUGGUCCGAAGGUGCGACGGAGACGCUGAUCGAGGCGUGGGGAGACCGUUAUGUUAAACUUAACCGUGGAAAUCUCCGUCAGAAGGACUGGAAAGAAGUGGCCGAGUCCGUUAACGCCCGUCAAGACGGUGUUAAGCAGAAGAAAACGGACAUCCAGUGCAAGAACCGGAUCGAUACGUUGAAAAAGAAGUACAAAAUCGAGAAAGCCAAACCUCCGCCGUCAAAAUGGCCAUUUUAUUACCGUCUCGAUUCACUAAUCGGCACUGACGCCGCCAAAAAACCAACGACCACCGUCACUUUGAGAGUUAAACCAAAGCCGAACGCAUACGCUGUUGGGAGAUCAAAGUCAACGGAGAGGGAUUUAUCGUCGAACGGUGAUGAUGGAGAAGAAGAAGAGGAUGAGGAAGAGGAUGAGGAAGAUGUGGUGGUGGUAAAAAAGGUGCAGCGGAUGGAGGAUGUCGAUUUUUCGGAUGUAGCGGCAUGUAGGGAAUUGGCGAGGGCAAUAUUGAAAUUUGGGGAAAUCUAUGAGAAAAUUGAGAGUGAAAAACAAAAGCAAAUGAUGGAGUUGGAGAAGGAGAGAAUGAAGGUUAUAAAAGAUAUUGAGUGUGAAAGAAUGAAUAUAUUCAUGGGGUCUCAAUUGGAGAUCCAGAAACUGAAGCAACAGAAUCGCCCUGCCAGCUCAUCAGAGUUCUCCAUCUUUAAAGUGAUCAAUGUAUGAGGUUGGCUCUUUCGAAGGACAGAUGAUGAUUUGCCUAUUCGCCUCCUAUUUAAAUGAUGUUUACUGCCCAUGUGCGCAUGAUGGGAGAAAUGGAGACAAAUGUUUUAGUUUUUUACUGCUAUCAAAGUAAAUAAAAUUCUGUGGAGGGUUGAGCAAGCCAUUCCAUUUAAGAGCAACCCAUUCCAUUUAAGAGCAACCCAAACUAGGACAUGGGUUUUGUACUGAUAGCAGUCAAGACUGAGCACUGAUAGCUACUUCAUAUUUCUUGGGACAUUUGCCGACUAUGAAUUUAAUGAAUUUCAGUGCAUCUAAUUUUAUCUACUCAUUCAUUAGAGGCUACAGCCCACCCAUCCCUUGUAAUUCCAUGAAAAUUAAUA